AUGGUUCGCUACCCUGCUCUUGCCCGUCCUGGUCGACUGGGAGACAUUCCUCUCCGCAAUCGCACGGUCAUGGCCUCAUUGACUCGCAACCGAUCCGACCCGGACACGUACCCUUGCGAGGAGAAUGUCUACUAUUACAGCCAGAGGGCCAAGGAAACUGGUGCCGGGCUGAUCAUUGCCGAAGCCGCCUACAUCUAUCCCCAAGGCUCUGAGUGGCUCCAUGCCCCUGGCAUUUACGACUCCAAGCACGCCCAGGCUUGGAAGAAAGUCGUCGAUGCGGUGCACGAGGAGGGCUGCGCCAUUGUGGCUCAAUUGCACCACGUGGGCAGAAUUGCGCACCCGGAGUCGCCAGAGCAAGUAAAGUCUGGCCAUCCCGUCUACGCUCCCAGCCCGGUGGCGGCGCGUGGUGGCAAGUUCCGUCACCUUCCUGGAAAGCCAGGCUUCGUAGUACCUACGCAACUUGAGGACUUUGACAUGGUCUUCGACGCAUACGAGAACGCCGCACGCUGCGCCAAGGAGGCGGGAUUCGAUGGCGUCGAGGUUCACGGCGGCAACGGCUACCUUGUUGACGAGUUCCUCACCGACACCUGCAACCGCCGCACUGACGAGUGGGGAGGCAGCGUCGAAAAGCGAUGCCGGUUUGGAUUGGAAGCCAUCAAGCGGUGCAUCAAGGUCUGGGGACCGGAGCGCGUCGGUAUCAAGCUUUCACCGUGCGGCGGCUACAACGACAUGUACUUUUCCUCGCACGAGGAGAACAUUGCCACGCACAAGCACAUGGUAUCCGAGCUUGACAAACUGGGUAUCGCUUACAUUCAGCUGUCGCAGUACAACAGCGGUAGCGACCCCACGCAUGGCGGUGUGCAUCAAGGAUUUAAGCAUGACGUCGUGCGUACGUACGGUCCGCUUGCCAAAACGUCCAAAAUCCUCGCCGUCGCAGAAUACACAGGCGAAAAGGCAAACGAAGAGGUUUCGGCCGGGUUGGUGGAGGCCGUCGCCUUCGGAACUCUGUACAUGUACAACCCUGAUCUCUAUCACCGCAUCCAGCACGACCUCCCCAUCAACUCCGCCGGUAACGUAUGGGCCCACUAUAACAUUAUCGAAGGUGACGUUCGGAAGGGCUAUUCAGACUAUCCUUUCAGCGAGGAGGCAACCGUCGUCGCGACUCCUAUCACUUCCGUAACCGCCUAG